AUGACGAGCGUUUCGGUCGAGGACGCACUCCCAACUGCUGCUCAGGCGGACACUGUGUCCAUUCAAUCCAUAGAGAAAACGAAUGACAAACCACCACAGGGCAUCUCCAAGGACGCAGAACUCGUCACUGCAAGGGGCAAUAUCAUCUCUAAAGAUGGAGUUGUCUAUUCGUCCAACGAAUCCGACGAUAGUCUAUCUGGAAACAUAUUUGCGGACCUUGAAGUCGCUGCGUACUACAAAGACCUAUAUGAGAAAUCCAAGUACGAAUGUAGGCAUGUCUUCGACCCCAAGGCCACCUGGACCGAUGAGGAGGAGAAGAAGGUCAUUCGGAAGCUCGACUUGCGCGUUUGCUUCUGGGCAUGCACGAUGUUCUUUAGUCUUCAAGUUGAUCGCGGCAACUUGGUCCAAGCUGUGUCUGGCACUUUCCUGAAAGAUCUGAAGCUGACUACAAACGACUACAACUGGGGAAACACAGUUUUUCUAUUCUCCUUCUUGCUCGCCGAGCUGCCCUCUCAGCUUGUCUCGAAGAAGAUAGGCCCUGAUCGAUGGAUACCGACCCAAAUGGUGCUAUGGUCGAUCGUUGCCAUGAGCCAAGCAGCUUUAACUGGCAGAGCUAGUUUUCUGGCUACCCGUGCUCUGCUCGCCAUCCUCGAGGGCGGCUUUAUCCCUGAUCUUGUCCUGUGGCUAUCUUAUUUUUAUACCGGUCGCGAACUACCGAUUCGUCUUAGCUUCUUCUGGACCGCAUUGAGUAUCACUACAAUCGUUACAUCCCUGCUUGCCUUCGCGAUUUUCCAUCUGGAAGGCGUCCAUGGUCUGGCGGGUUGGCGAUGGCUUUUUCUGCUCGAGGGACUCAUCACGCUACUCAUCGGAAUCGCAUCAUUCUUCCUUAUGCCUGCAUCGGCUGUGCAAACAAAGACGUGGUACAGGCCCAAUGGUUGGUUCACCGACCGCGAGCUCACCAUCGUCGUCAACCGUGUGCUCCGCGACGACCCUCGCAAAGGCGACAUGCAUAACCGUCAAGCCAUCACCCCCAAGAGGCUCUGGAACUCGAUGAAAGACUACGAUCUCUGGCCGUUGUACAUCGUGGGCCUCAUAUGCUUCAUUCCCCAGAGUCCAGUCGCUUACUAUCAAACACUUGUUCUGCGCUCACUCGGCUUCAGCACCCUCAACGUCCAGCUUCUCGUCAUUCCUUCGGCUGUUCUUCAUAUAAUCACACUUCUCAGCAUCACAUGGAUAAGCGAGAAGCUCAACCAACGUGCCCUCGUGGCCGUUUGGCAGAACCUGUGGACAUUACCUUGCGUCAUCGCGCUUUAUGCCUGGCCCGACCUCAUCAAGAAUUCCUGGGGCACAUAUGCCUUGAUCACGGUCCUCCUCAGCUAUCCUUACUGCCACGCCAUCAACGUCGCAUGGGUCUCGACCAACUCAAACAACGUCGGUUCGCGCUCAGUUUCUGCAGCGUUGUACAACAUGAUGGUGCAAUGCGGAGGGAUCAUCGGCUCAAACAUCUAUCGCGAGGACGACAAGCCCGUUUACAGGCGUGGAAACCGUAAUCUUGUCAUCAUCAACAUUGUCUCAAUAUUAUGGUUCCUGUUUACCAAGGCAUACUAUGUUUGGAAAAACAAAACUCGUGAUCGUAAAUGGAAGGCCAUGUCGCAUGAGGAACGCAUCAACUACAUUCAGACGACGACCGAUACCGCGAGCAGGCGCUUAGACUUUAGGUUUGUGCAUUGA